AUGUUCUCAGUCAAUUCGCCCAAAAAUAUCAAAAUUUUCAUCAAUUCUUUGAACAAUUAUGGAGAAGGAACCGGAUCCAUUGCAAGAAAUGUCUUUAAAUUUAUCUUACAUCCUCAAUUUGUGGCACCCAUCGACAUGUUAUAUCGAAACGACAUCGCCUUGCUGGUAUUGAAUCGACCAGUGCAAGCAAUUGUUAAUAUUCCCUUUGUUCGACUUCCAACCGCUCUGAUGACAACAACUAACAGACCGAAUCCCACAAGAACAACGCCAAGACUCACGACGAGAACGACGCGGAAGGUUAUAACCACAUCAAAGAUUAGAACAAUCAGAACAACCACCAGAAAACGUGCAGCUAAUUUAAGAACUUUCAGUACUUACUCGAAACAGCCGGCCACCAUUACAGGAUGGGGAAUAACAGAAAGUGGAAGUACGUUAGCGACGUUGCAGAAAGCUAACGUCACCGUCUACGACAUCGACGUUUGCAAUAAACAAUGGAACCGGCAAUUAAACGGUUCUAUACAUGUGUGCGCUGCCCAAAGUAACACCGCGAUAUGCCUUGGAGACAGUGGCGGACCGCUUCUCGUUAACGGAAAUGUUCAAAUUGGUAUUUCUAGCUUCAUUAGUGACAAUGGCUGUAAUGAUCCUACCCGUUUCCCCGUGUUCACGCGAGUGUCCACUUACCUGGGCUGGAUAGCUGCCACAAUGGCCAACAAUCCACCUCCAGCAUCAGGCAAGUAG